AUUAGUAACUGCAACCGUGAGACAACUCAGAGACAUAACGUCUUCAUAAUCAUUUUUUAAGCAGGAUAACCACAAAAUCCAAUGAUAUAUUGAGUUUUGACUAGAAGAUAUUCGACCUCGCAUCAUUUUUUCUGCAGGAUGAACACAUUUCUACUUUUACUGGCAUUUUUUGCGUUCUGUCGAUGUUACUGUCGUGGAGAGAUCACGCAAAUGAGGAAUCUUUCCAGCUGGACUCCGUGUUCUUCACAGUGUUGGUGCGCGCACGAUGACAAGAAUCGUGUCUAUGGAAGAUGUGUCGUGAACAAACUGGAGGAGCCGGUAGAAUUCAACUCUUCCAGGCAACUCCACUUUUUGUCCUUUGCUGAUAAUGGAAUCAGAGUAAUACCAAGGGACAUCUUUACAAACCUUCACAACCUCGAGUUUCUAUCUUUGUCAAACAACAGCAUUGAAAUCAUCAACGAACAUGCAUUCAAAGGCUUGACUAACCUGCGUAUCUUAGAUCUCCAAAACAACAAUCUGAAGGAAUGGAACGGGGAUCCCACAGGAGACAUGCCAUUUCUUGAAGUUCUCAAAAUUAACGGCAACGAGGGCUGGAUACCCAAUCAGCAUAUCCUUCACAUGCCCGAACUCAAAGAGAUUCUUGGGGUUACGUGGAGCUCGCACUGCUCUGCCUGCGACCUCCUUAAGAUUCCCGAAAAUGAAACAAUGUCAGGAGAUGAGGAAAUGGGAGAUUACGAGGAAUUCAGUGGAAAUGGCUUGAGUGGGGAAGGAGAGAUAAGCGAGAUGAAGUGUCACGUAACUCUCGAGGAGUUUUACUACUACCCUAAGGCAGUAAAUUAUGGAGUUUCUGCGCAAUUUGUGAGACAAGGCUUCUCGCCACAAUGUUUCUGUGACUUCAGCUCGGAUUGCUACCACCGCGAUGUCGUUGUACCGUAUUUAACAAAGUUGUACGACUUUCCUCGAAAACUGUUCCUUUCACAGUAUGCCUUAGGAGGAUUGAUUGUUGUUCUCAACAUGUCUGUUCUCAUUGUGAUUAUGACGUCAAGACUGUUAAGGAAUAACAUUUCAUUCGUCUUGGUUGGCAGUAUGGCGUUAAGCGAUAUUCUGAUUGGUGUUCACAGCGUGAUGAUCGCCAAAUACAACAUAUUCAGUGACUCAAACGUUAAGCCGCGAGUUGUUAUGGAAACGGACACCUCCACCUGCACAUACAUGGGCAUGGUAUUCACUAUAGGCCAGGUUACAGCUGUAUUCACCUCUCUCAUGCUAACUGUAGAAAGAUAUCUUGUCAUAGUGUACUUCCAGAGAUGCAGAGGCAAGGUUAAAACCAGAACUUUGCUCAUCAUUUUAAUUCUUGUGUGGACAGGAGCGAUCACCUUUGCGAGCUUGCCUUUGUUUGGCGUAAGAAAGCUAGAAUAUCACAGAUGGUUCCAGUGCACGAUGCCCUUCCAUACAGGAAAACAUCUGUUACAAACAUCUAACAUAACUUUAAGCAUCUCGGCCAUAUUUGUACUUCUUUACCUUAUCAGUCUAGGACUUUACAUUUUGAUAUUCUGCUAUGCAAGGAGAUCCAGCAUGCAGUUCGGCAUUAAACGUGAAGCGAGACUAGCGAGGAAAAUAGCAGUGCUGGUGUCAUCAAAUUUUAUCCUAUUCACUUUACCAACUGUUCUACUGCUAGUCUACGUAUAUUCCUUCUCUGAAAUUCUUGACGCUGCCGAGUCAUUCCCGAGCAUGCGUUCUUUAUUCAUUAUUGGUGGUUGGCUUCCAGUCACCUGUUUUAACCUGAAUUCGCUGGCGAACCCGUUUCUCUAUCCAUUCAGACACCGUCGAUUCAAGAAAGAAAUACGUUCGAUACCCCGCAGGUUACGCAACAGUGUCAGUCAUUCGUUUUACCCAGUGUUCGCCACGGCACAGCACUUCAGCUUGCGCACAUCUGCACGUAGCCACCAGUUGCGUCAGCAGUUCCAUUCCUUCGCGCCUCGAAGGGAGGGUGAGAACUCACUACACGUUGAUGCAGAUGUUAGACAUGGUCGUGGACGAACUGCAACAGUGUAAGACUUUUGUUCCACUCAAUGUGAGUUUAUUUCGAAGCCAUAGAACAUCGCCGCAAAUUAAAUUAUCAUGCAGCCCGACAUCAGCAAUGCAGCUUUAGGAUUUGUACCCAUAAGGGACAUACCAUAUAUUGUUGCGACCUUUUUGCAUUUAUGGAAUUAUAAAAAGACUUUAAAAAAAAUCAGUUGGCAGAUACGCCCUAGCACGCGUGCAAUUACGGACUUUCGUGAAAGCCGUCAAAACAUACAUCUUUACGAGAAAAAAAAGGAAAAACACAGCUAUAGAGAUACUAUCAUCGAACAAUCUCUAAGACUAUGACCACGAUAAAAGCUCAAGUCGAAGUGGGAGCGCAAAAUCUAGCGUACAUGAACUCAAUCGUAAGGACAGAUCUCCAGUCAUUGUGUGCGAGAUCAAAAGCACUUCUUAGUUCCAUUAAUUUGCCACGCAGGACAUUCCGCAUAUGACAUUCUUCGUCGUUCGAGGAUCGUUUCCAAGCUUCAUGUGUUCCUCGUGCAACAUAACAAUCUUGUUCUUCCAGUUAAGGCUAAGAUCAUUAUGUCGCUAGUAGCCGGAUCAAAGCAUUGAAGAACCUCUAAAAAGAUAGGCGCAACGGUCACACGGUAAAAUCGACAGGGAAAAUGUCUCAGUAAGGUCCAGUUCAAACGUCGAACUUCACUUGAGAAGUCCACUGAGAGAAUUAAGUUCAAGUUGAGUUCGAUUUUUAAAUCAGUUGAGUUCGUCCAACUGAAUUUGGAUCGACCAACACGUUCUAUCCGUCUGCAUCGGACGGAUAGAACAUGUGAAGAUCGAUCUUUUCGUGGUAAUGAUUAAAUUUCAAAUUGUUUUAUUUGAAAUCUCUCUGACCGAAAUAUUCGUUUUUGCUGCUCUAAAUUUGGCUCGACGAAUUGUUCUACGAAAGACCCAACGGUCGAACAUUACCCGUUGGGGUCGACCAAAAUUGCAGUUUAGUUCGCCUCAUGUGAAGUUCAACGUUUGAAAAGAGCCUUAAUUAUAGUGAAUCCAUUUGGAAACAGAUCGGAGCGUCAUUUGUUGUGCGACAAGGCAGAUCGAAGCUAAAAAGCUCUAAAAAUUCUUUUGAAAAUGCUUUUAUUUGUCAUUUUUGGGAUUUUUUAAUUUAAAUUUUACUUUGCUUGUAAUGAACUAGUUCCUUCUUGUUUUUGUUUCUCUGUACAUACUUGCAUUACUAGAUAUAAGGCCUUGAUAUAAAAGUUUUCACUUUGUAACAACUGAAAGGAAUGCCCUAUUGAAAUAAAGGUAACUUUUCUAUCAGUAUGGCUUCACAACAGAAAAACGCGAAUCAUUCCCAAGAUUCACAGAAAAAGAAUCUCUACUUUAAAUCGAGCUGAGCACGUGAUAAAUGCACCCGUCAAUAGCCGGGCGACAGAAAUGAGUGCACAAGUGUUAUGCUUGUAUCGUAA